CAUGCAGUAGCAGCGGCGGAAGCUAUCCUAUUCCCUCCUCCACCCCCAAAACAAAACCCUAGAGAGAGAGAGAGAGAGAGUGAAUACCAGUCCAAAACCCAAACCCUAGCUUGCUAUCACCAUGGAUGACAGUCUCUACGACGAGUUCGGCAACUACAUCGGCCCCGAGAUCCCCUCCGAAGAUGAUUCACCCGCCGCCUCCGACGAUGACGCCGCCAAUUCCGACGAUGGCGACGUCUCCGACAGGCGCUCCCCCUCUCCUGCAGCUCCUGGUGGCUGGCUUUCCAAGCCCGCUCUUGAGGAUGCCAUGGAUACCGACGAGCCGCCGCCGUCGCAGAUCGUUCUUGCUGAGGACAAGAAGUACUACCCCACUGCCGAGGAGGUCUACGGCGAGGGCGUGGAAGCCCUUGUCAUGGACGAGGACGAGCAGCCCCUCGAGAUGCCCAUCAUUAAGCCCGUCCGCAACGUCCGCUUUGAGGUUGGUGUCAAGGACUCGUCCACGUACGUCACGACGGAGUUCUUGCUAGGGUUGGCCUCGAAUCCGGCACUGGUGCGCAACGUGGCGCUGGUGGGGCAUUUGCAGCACGGGAAGACGGUGUUCAUGGACAUGCUUGUGGAGCAGACACAUGAGAUCUCGACGUUUGACAUCGAGGGGGAGCGCCAUAUGAGGUAUACCGACACUAGGAUUGACGAGCAGGAGCGGAAGAUAUCAAUCAAGGCGGUGCCCAUGUCGCUGGUGCUGGAAGAUAGCAACGCAAAAUCCUAUCUUUGUAAUAUCAUGGACACGCCUGGUCAUGUGAACUUCUCUGAUGAGAUGACUGCUGCACUUCGGCUUGCUGAUGGCGCUGUGCUCGUUGUUGAUGCUGCGGAUGGAGUUAUGGUAAACACAGAGAGGGCUCUGCGACAUGCAAUUCAAGAAAGACUUCCCAUUGUAGUUGUUAUAAACAAAGUUGACAGGCUGAUAACAGAACUUAAGCUGCCCCCAACAGAUGCUUAUUUCAAGCUGCGCCACACACUAGAAGUUAUCAAUGAUUUGAUAUCUUCAUUCUCGGUUAAGGCAGGAGGCACGCAAAUAGUUGAUCCUGUAGCUGGAAAUGUUUGCUUUGCAAGUGCAAGUGCUGGGUGGUCUUUCACCUUGCAGUCUUUUGCUAAAUUAUAUGUGAAACUCCACGGUAUCCCAUUCGAUGCAAACAAGUUUGCAUCCCGCCUGUGGGGAGACCUGUAUUAUCAUCCUGACUCUAGGACCUUUAAGAAGAAGGCCCUUCCAGGUGGAGGCGAGAGAUCUUUUGUUCAGUUCAUUCUUGAACCAUUAUACAAAAUUUACAGCCAAGUUAUUGGGGAGCACAAAAAGAGUGUAGAGGCAACACUUGCAGAACUAGGUGUUACACUGCCCAAUGCAGCUUAUAAAUGGAAUGUUCGGCCUUUAUUGCGGUUGGCAUGCAGCUCUGUGUUCGGAUCUGCUACUGGAUUUACAGAUAUGCUUGUGCAGCAUAUUCCUUCUGCCAGAGAUGCUGCUGGAAGGAAGGUAGAACAUAUAUAUACAGGUCCUCAAGACUCCAAUAUUGCUGAGGCUAUGAAAGAUUGUGAUCCUUAUGGGCCUCUCAUGGUCAAUAUAACCAAGUUAUAUCCCAAGUCUGACUGCAGUGUAUUUGAUGCAUUUGGGCGAGUUUAUAGUGGCACUAUUCAGACUGGUCAGACAUUACGUGUACUGGGAGAAGGAUAUUCACCUGAUGAUGAAGAAGAUAUGACUGUCAAAGAAGUAACUAAAUUAUGGGUGUAUCAGGCUCGAUACCGCAUCCCCAUUAGCAAAGCACCUGCUGGUUCAUGGGUUCUAAUCGAAGGUGUGGAUGCAUCAAUCAUGAAGACUGCAACUCUAUGUCCCAUUGAUAUGGAUGAAGAUGUCUACAUCUUUAGGCCUCUUCGUUUCAACACAUUACCUGUCGUGAAGACCGCAACGGAACCAUUGAACCCAAGUGAACUACCCAAGAUGGUGGAAGGUCUCAGGAAAAUUAGUAAGAGCUAUCCUCUUGCCAUCACAAAAGUUGAGGAGUCUGGGGAGCAUACUAUCUUGGGAACUGGGGAAAUUUAUUUGGAUUCCAUUAUGAAAGACCUUAGAGAGCUUUACUCUGAAGUGGAAGUGAAGGUGGCAGAUCCUGUGGUCUCUUUUUGUGAAACAGUUGUUGAGACAUCAUCCAUGAAAUGUUUUGCAGAAACUCCUAACAAGAGAAAUAAAAUCACUAUGAUUGCAGAGCCUCUGGAGAGGGGAUUGGCAGAGGAUAUUGAGAAUGGGGCUGUAGACCUUGACUCGCCACAGCAAACAGUCACCAAAUUCUUCCAGACAAAAUAUGAGUGGGAUUUGCUUGCAGCAAGGGGCCUGUGGGCGUUUGGACCUGAUAAGCAGGGCCCAAAUAUCUUAUUGGAUGAUAGUCUUUCUAGUGAAGUUGAUAAAAACUUAUUACAUGCUGUAAAGGACUCUAUUGUUCAGGGCUUCCAAUGGGGUGCCCGUGAAGGGCCUCUUUGUGAUGAGCCCAUCCGAAAUGUAAAAUUCAAAAUAUUACAUGCAUCAAUUGCUCAAGAACCAUUGCAUAGAGGUGGUGGCCAGAUCAUCCCCACUGCAAGGCGAGUUGUUUACUCUGCGUUUCUCAUGGCAACUCCCCGGCUUAUGGAGCCUGUUUACUAUGUAGAGAUUCAAACACCAAUAGAUUGUGUCUCUGCCAUAUACACAGUAUUGUCUCGGAGACGUGGGCAUGUAACAGCUGAUGUCCCUAAGCCAGGCACCCCUGCUUACAUUGUGAAGGCAUUUUUGCCGGUGAUUGAAUCAUUUGGCUUCGAGACAGACCUGAGGUAUCAUACACAGGGGCAAGCAUUUUGCCUUUCUGUAUUUGAUCACUGGGCUAUAGUUCCCGGUGAUCCGCUUGACAAGAGCAUUGUCCUCCGGCCCCUUGAACCUGCACCAAUUCAGCACCUUGCGCGUGAGUUUAUGGUGAAAACCAGACGCAGAAAGGGUAUGAGCGAGGAUGUGAGCAUUAACAAGUUCUUUGAUGAGGCCAUGGUUGUUGAGCUUGCUCAGCAGGCUGCUGAUCUUCAUCUACAGAUGAUGUAAACCAAGACAUGUACUCCUACAAUUUUAUUAAAAAUUUAAACACUGUUCUCUGCUUUUGUAUAACUAGACAAUUCUGCAAGCUGAGUUUUGCUGACUGUAGGAUAAAUUUUGACUAACGUGAAUUCAGAAUGGUACAUUGUUUGUAAUGGAAAUGUCACUGGACAAAAUUCAGGUUGAAUUAAAACAAGCAUAUGCCUCAUUGUUGGGGAUUUCUUACAA